AUGUGGAAGUUUUCGCUGCGAAGUUACGAAGCUAUCAGCUGGACGGCCGUAGCGAUUACCUUCGUCUACGUACUGAUCAGGCUGAUCAGGUCCCGCCAAAAGACGUUCAGUUACUUCAAGGAAAUCGGGAUACCAGGUCCAGAACCAAGCCUCAUAUGGGGGAAUCUGGUCGAGUACCACAAGAAGGUAAAGCAUCCGCUCGCCUUCUUUGGAGCGCUCACUACACACUUGCUAGAGCACGUUUUCGCAUCUGAUAUCGUGCAGGGCUUCGUGCACUCCGUCACAGAGUGGGGCGCCAAGUAUGGGGACGUGUUCGGCUUUUACAAUGGCGAUCUUCCCAUGUUGGUUGUCAAGGACUUGGACUUUUUAACUUACAUAUUCGUGAAGAACUUCAAGAACUUCACUGACAGAGGUAUGCUCAUGCGAACAGACCAAGAGCAUACUGUUCUGAGAAACAGCAUCAUAAACGCCAAAGGGGCACAAUGGAAAAGAACGCGAGGCUGCAUAUCACAAGCGUUCACUUCUAGCAAGCUGAAGCAAGUGAUGCCACAUCUCACAGAAUCGACCGAUUUGUUCUUAGAAACGUUGGGCGACUUGGCAGACGCUAGACGAGAGUUGGCGAUCCACGAACCUCUUCAAGGUCUAGCCAUGGACUUCAUUGGUCGAGCAGCUUUCGGACUCGACUGUUGCUUUCAGCGGAACCCUUGGCACCCAUUCAUGCAGGCAGCACGCGAGGUCAUACACGGCGUUCAGACUGGACCCUUUCAUAUGAUCGCCCAUUGCACAAGUACGCUGCCAGCUAUUGCAUCUACAAUUCUCUGGUUGAACGAAAAAUUGGGCUCGUUCACCUUUAGCACCUUCGGCGAGGAGACCAAAAAGAUCGUUGAAAUGAGACUACGCAACCCCGAGGCAAGAAGGCCAGACCUGCUGCAGAUCAUGCUAGAUGCAAGUGAUAAAGAAGGCCGCCAGCACAAUGAGGACUCGAAGAACAGAACGAGUAUGACACUUCAGGAGGUUGAACUCAACACCACUGUUAAUCUGAUUGGCGGUUUCGAGACGACUUCAGCGGCUAUGGCUUACGUGUUCUACGUUCUGGCCAAGUACCAAGAUGUACAAGAAAAGGUUAGAGCGGACGUCGCUUCUGCAGUCCAAGAAUAUGGGAAGAUUAAUUACGACGCCAUCACGUCCCGAAUGAAGUACUUAAGGAGCGUUCUUGAUGAAACAUUAAGGAUCUACCCACCAGGCACAGCGUUUACCACAAGACGUGCCAUCAACGACUUUGAAUACAACGGCGUUAAGUACAAGGCCGGUACUUCGAUCAUGGCUCCGACUUUCAACAUUCACAUGGACCCCCGCUACUGGCCCGAACCCAACAAGUUUGAUCCCGAGAGGUUUUUCGACGAAAACGUAGCGUCGAGAGCGUGCAUCGCCUACCAACCUUUUGGUGCUGGACCAAGAAACUGCGUCGGAGAGCGCAUGGCGAUUUUAGCGAUUACGUACACAGUGGCGAGAGUGGUACAGAAGUACAGGUUGACCCUAGGAGAGUCUCAGAAGCAAGAUCGCUUAGGAGACAGCCCCCGCCUCGGCAAACGCACUCUUGAAAAGCGCGACAUCUACGCAUUUUCAAGCAUUGUCUCCGGAUGCUACGUUGUCGCGGGUGCGAGUGCCAGCAAUGCUCGUCAAGAAGUGUCUAAUGUCAGCGCCUCCGUCAACAGCUAA